GCUGUUGAUUUGAUAGGGGCAACAAAGGGGCGAUAGAAAUUGCAAAAAAAAAACAAAAACGUAUAGUUAAUUUAUCACCAUAUCCAAAACCAAAAAACAAAAAUGGACGAGAGCGAGAGUUAUGUGCACAGCGCCUACCAGGUAUCGAUAAUUCCAACUGAUCUACAUCACGAGGAAACAAUAAUCAGAGCAGCACAGUCGCUCGACUGCCUAAACAAAACAAUAAACUCAAUUUUUGGCCGCAUCGAUGCUCGAUUGGAAAGAAAUGGUGCCAAGGUUCAGCAUAUAAAUGAGCGUGUCAUGCGUGCACAAGCGAAAAUUGAUGCACUUGUUGGUUCCAAAAAAUCCAUUAAAAUCUUUGCGCCUGCCCGUUUUCCAGGCAACGGUGUUUUGAACAACAUACCCGCAACCUUUCCAGCUGUGGUCAAAGAGUCAAUAGAUAUGCCCACAACAACACAAAAACAAUUAACAAAACCGGAACACCGCCAACGUAAUCGCAAUGCUGGCUCAACGAGCGAUGCGAAUAAUCCCGCGGAUAUGGACUCCGUAUUCUUUCACGUGCGUGGCGAGGAACAGCAAGAAACGCCGCUAAUUAUGGAACGUCGGUGCACGAAUAGCAUCACUGGCUUGGGAGCUUUGCCACCUGUCAAAUCAGUGCCCGCUUUGUUGCGCUUCAAUAGCAAUGAAUUCGCCUAUGGCAGCGAUGAUCUAAAUGCCUGGAAGCGCAAAUUUCCGCCACAACCCCAAAAGCGUGACGUCCUCAACAAACCUAAGUCAACACAGUUAUUAGCACCGGCGCCCCACUCGCUGGCACACGGCACCACCAAGCUAACCACUCCAGCUGGUGAUCUGCGUUAUACGCCCGCAGCUUUGGCGGCUCCGGCGAUCGAUGUGCCAUUAGACUUACCCGAUUUGCCGGGCAUUGCGAAUGACUUGCAGUAUGUGCCGGUGGAGGAGCAAACACCCAUUGCACCAUCGCAUCAAUUUAUCGAUUUACCCGACUUGCCGGAACUAAGUGAAAAGUUAGAUGUGACACCCGUUAACUUGGAAAUAACAGUGCAGGCAAUAGCAUCGCAGACGCAUAUGACUAGGAAAUCUUAUACAACACAACCUUGUGCAUCACCAAUUACGCAAGCUACACCACCACCGCCACCACCACCGCCACCGCCACCACCGCCGCCGCCAACACCACCCGCUCAAGCAAUUGCCAAGUUGCCUUCUGAUGGCGUCAUCAAGCCCAUCUCCCCAUCCUUGCAGACACCUUUAAACAUACCCAAUUCGCAGGCACCACCGCCAGACGAUCCUCGAUCCGAGCUGAUGGCUGCCAUACGAAAGGCUGGGGGUGCACACGGUGGACGCUUGCGUUCAUCAGCUGCUGCGCCCGUCAAUCCGGAUGCAGAUGGUAAACAAAAUGCCCAUGGGACAAGUCGUUCUAGAGCAGGAGGCAGUCCAAUCAGUGGAGGUGAUUUGAUGGCGGAUUUACACAAUAAGCUUAUGCUGCGUCGCAAGGGAAUCUCAGGCAAUCAAAAUUCGGCGGAUCAAGCUGGGAAUCCCAUGAUGCUGCAACUGUCAAAAAUAAUUGCAGCACCAAUAGAGAAAAACAAAAGUUGUUCCAUGUCCAGCGAUGAGGGCAAUUCCGAUGAUGAUACAGAUGCUUGGGAGUAGUAACAAAUUAAAUAGAGUUAAAUUAGUUCCAGCUAUAUGUGCCUUGCUUUAAGCAUUAGUAAAAAUUAUUAAAAAAAAAACUGUUUUGGGCAGAUCGAGC